UCUCCCUCGUUUUCACACCUUAAAAGCCAAACAGUAUCACUCUGCUUCUUCUCUCUCUUCUCUCUCUUUCUACUUCUCUCUCCUCUUUCUCUCUCUAGAGCAGCAAAGAGUAAGAGGUACGCAACGACAAAAAGAGUGAUGGAAGAGAAUUAGCAAUCGUUGUAGAAGGAGAUAGAUGGUGAGAUGGCUAAGAGAGAGGUGAAGAAGACAGAGAAUCCCAACCAAGAAGCUUCAAUCUUUCCUGAUCAGUUGUUACCCACACCUGCAACCACAAGUUUCCCUUUAUCAUCUAGAAGCAUCUUUGAUAUGUACUGUGAAAGCGAGAAAGGAGGAGGAGGAGGAGUCUCCAUGGGUUUCAUGGACUUACUGGGUAUCCAAGAUCUUAAUCCUUCUAUAUUUGAUUUGCUUCAACAGUACCAACAACCACCACCGAUGAUGCCACCACUCUCACCACCACCACCACUACCACCGGCAUCACCACAUCCUACCACCACAACCACCUCUUCCUCUCUACCUCCACCCACAGAAUCCUCAGAGGUUUUGAAUUUGCCCACUUCCCCCAACUCCUCUUCGAUUUCUUCGUCAUCUGCUGAAGCCGCAAAUGAUGAACAGACCAAACCAGUGGACCAGGAAGAUCAGGAAAAACCCAAGAAGCAGUUGAAACCCAAAAAGAAGAAUCAGAAACGGCAGAGAGAACCGAGAUUUGCUUUCAUGACGAAAAGCGAGGUUGAUCAUCUGGAAGAUGGGUACAGAUGGAGAAAGUACGGACAAAAAGCUGUGAAAAAUAGCCCUUUUCCCAGGAGCUAUUAUCGUUGCACCAGUGCGGCAUGUGGUGUGAAGAAAAGAGUAGAGAGAUCAUCAGAUGAUCCCUCCAUUGUGGUAACUACGUAUGAAGGCCAACACACACAUCCAUGUCCCGUCAUGCCUCGUGGAAGCUCUGUUGGAAUGUGUCAAGACGCCGGAAGUUUUAGUGGUGGCGCAGCCAAUUUUGGUUUGCCUAUGCAGAUCAAUAAUCAGGGUCGCUUCCAGCAAGCCCAAUACUACCAUAGCUCACCAUUUUCAUUUAGUUUUAACGGCACUGCUACUGCUACUACAACCAGUAUUCCAUUGGCUCCUCUUGUACAGGAGAGACGUUUUUGCACUUCAACACCUUCUUUGCUCAGAGACCAUGGACUUCUUCAAGAUAUUGUUCCUUCUGAUAUGAAAAAGGAGGUGUAGUUAUAUAUAUAUAUAUAUAUAUAUUAUUCUUAGAACAAGAAAUAUAAUCCCCAUUAUCUUCAUAUACUACUACUACUAGUAUGUAGAUCUUUACUACUGACUUACCCCAGAACAUAUAUGUUUUCCAAUUCCAUCCUUGUCCUUAGUUUAUGAUCCAGUUACCCAAUGAGGCACUUUGCCCUGAUUGGCUUCUUUGUAUUAUUCUUUGUAUCUAGAGAUUCAUAGGGUUUAUGUGGUUCUUCCAUCCUUUGUUUUGAUUUUGGAGUUUGAAGCUUGAAGGAAUGUCCAUUGACUUUGUUAUGGAGAGAGAGAGAGAGAGAGAGAGAGAGAGAGAGAGAGAGAGAGAUUAGGGUUAGUGAUUUCUGUGGGGAAUCUAUACUUCUUCCUCCUUGGGACCCAUUAAUGGGAAAUUGAGAAAUCUAGAAAUGACAGGGAGGUGCAGUGGGAACAAGAAGAUGAGAACUUUCAUGGAGGAACUAUUUGAUCAUCUCAGUAGAAUUGAAGUACUAUUAAUGGAUUUUCUUUAUUCCUUUUAUUGUGUAAUAUUAUGUAAAUCUCUUCUCAUAACCGUCUUUGAUACCUGUUGAUAUGUUUGAAUGUAGUGAUGGAGGAGGAAAUAUGUGUGGGUGUGAAGUUCUCAAUUUAUAAGGGAUGGGGUGGCUGGGAGAGGUUUAUUGGGAUAGUGGUGGAGAUAUGGACUCUUUCUCUUUAUGCUGAGUUGAUGAUGAAAUUAAUGGUUUUUAUAGCUAUGGGGAAUGCAAUUAAUGUUCUUUUACCAUGUA